AUGGGGAAUGUAGAGAAGACAUACAACACUCGACAAUAUCAGUUCACUUUGAGAACAUACUCUGGCAAGAACGUCAGUGUUACGACAUUUGGUAUGGACAAAAUUUCUGGUCCUGCAACCAAGUUGAAUACUUCAGCCUUAGCCAAAUUGUUUCCAACCUAUGACCCAGAGUCACUGCAAAGGAAAACUAACCGGGUAGACAUUCUUCUGAGUUGUGACUAUUUUGGAUUAUUUCCAAAGUAUGAAGAGGCGAAGUGUGGGGAGAACUUGAGUAUAUUGAGAGAAAAAUUUGGAGUUUGCCCUCAAGGUGCCCAUCCUGAUCUGGUGGAACAAACUGAGUAUGACUCAAAUCUUGCCAAGACAAUUCACAAUUCAGCGAUUUAAAAACAUGAAGCGUACCAUGUAUAUCUUCACACUCACCCAGAAUUUCAGCCAGAUUGUGUUUCCCCAGUGGAGAUGUUUGAUAACAGUGAAAAGCAAGUCAUCUCCAGAAAUCAGACAAAUGUUGUAGAAUCCUUCACUGGAAGAAAUAUGGAGCGAGAAGUGGAAAACUUCAUUUGUGGUGAAGACCUAGGAACAGAAAUCACACCGAGGUGUUGUACUUGUCGAUGUGAAAAGUUUCCAGUUGUUGGUCACACGUACUCGUUCAAGGAUGAGUAA